GCCAGAGACCCACAAUAAAGGGCACGGAAAGCAGACACCCAGGGGAUUUCCUGCCCUGCUCUCUGCGUGGACGCUGGGUGCUGGCGCUGCUCCUGCUCUCAGGCUGUUUCUGCUGCUCCCUCGGCUGCAGCGAUGGCUGCCCAUGCUGCCUGCCUCUGUGUGAAUGUGCACUCUGAGGAGUGGGGCUCAAUGACCUUCACUGCCAACCUGGAGGAUAGAGUGAAGAAGAUCGGCGAACACGUCCGAUCUAAGACCCACGUUCCCGUGCAGGACCAGGUCCUUCUGCUGGGCUCGAAGCCGCUGAAGCCGCACAGAACGCUGUCAUCUUAUGGCAUCGACCACGAGACGACCAUCCACCUCACCCUGCGGGUGGUGAAGCCCAGUGACGAGGAGCUGCCCUUAGUUCUGGUGGAGCCGGGUGACGAGGGGCAGAGGCACCUCCUCCAGGUGCGAAGGUCCAGCUCAGUGGCCCAGGUGAAAGAGAUGAUCGAGACCAAGACCGCGGUGCCCCCCGAGAAGCAGAUUGUGACUUGCAAUGGAAAGAGGCUGGAAGAUGGGAAGACCAUGGCACGUUAUGGCAUCAGGAGGGGCACCUCACUCUUCUUGACACCCCACUGCAUCGGGGGGUGACCAUCCUGGGGAGAGGUGAUAGUAGGAGCAAAAGAGAGCUUAUUUCCUCUUAGCUCUUACUCACCAACCACAGCGCUGAUGACUUCUCCCAGUUAGUGAGAAACAGAUGAGGAGGAAGAGGAGAUUUGGAGGGGGGUGGUAGGCUGCAGAACACUUUUUAACUCCAUGACGCUUUGAUUCUCGCGUAGUUAAGUGGCAGGAUUGUGUGCAACUGAGGACACAAGGCAACACUGUGAAGGCUCAUGAGGGAGCACUCAAAGCCAGCGUGAGUGUGACCCUGUGUGGCUCUCCCUGAUUUAUAGACAACCCCCCAUUUCCUUUCCUAUCUAACAACAUAGUCAGUUCUAGGCUGGGAUCAAUGUUCUAAUUUCUGUGUUUUCAUCUAUGUGUAAGCCAGUGCGCUAUCUAUCAUAUCACUAGAUGACUGUUGAACCACAUUGAAUUUCUACUUGUAGGGAACAAUGAAAUGAUUUCUUAUGAAGUGAAUUAAUUACUCUGACGUGAUCACAGUUUAAUUAAUAAAGAAUUUAGAAAUUCAA